ACACUUGUUACAGCCUUAUCUGGUGAAUUUAGCGCGCGAAUAUACUGGAUCACGAGAUGAAAUUAACAGUUUGUUUAUUGUCGGUUUUCGUUACGGGAAGUUUCGCAUAUCCCGUUUCGCAGCCGGUUUACCCGAACACCCAAUAUAUUACUGCACAAGCGAUACCGAAUGUUCAAUACAGACAGCAACCUCAGGCUUAUUUACAGCCGGGAUACAUUUCCACCCCUGCACCGUCAGCUAAGCCAGUGUACGAAGCCGAAAAAAGUGCGGGGCUCCAGAAGUACUCCACGCAGAUCAAACAGCCCAUCCAGCAAGUGCUGCUGUCCACCAACGUCGAUAGACAGAUUCAAAGGGUGGCCCAAACCGCCAGCCCCAUUUUCCUGCAACAAGUGCAAGCAGCCCAGCAACAAGGGCAGGUCCAGCAACUGAUCGACACCGCCCAGAGAAAGGUCACGUCCCAGACAUUAGGCAGACAGAUCCAGCCCAUUCCUAUAGCAUUACCGGCACCUCAGCAACCACAACCGCACUAUUUGAGAGCUUUGCCCCAGCAAACUCAAGUUAAAUACGCCGCUCCUGCAGGUCCGGGUUACCGACCUGCCAUUCAAGCACAGCAGCCUCAACAAGAAGGAAAGGAUCAACAGGAGGACUAUGAUCCAAAUCCCUCUUACCAGUUUGGAUUCGACGUGAACGACGACCUCUACACCAACUACCAGAAUCGCAAGGAACAAAGAGAAGGGAAUAAAAUUACGGGGAGCUAUUCAGUCGUGGAUUCUGAUGGUUUUGUUAGAACAGUAACGUACACAGCCGAUCCUAAAGAGGGCUUCAAAGCGGAGGUUACAAGGCAGCCUACGGACAUAGUUGUCAAAAUACCAAAACCAGAUCCCCAAUUUCAAAGGCAGCAAUAUGCGCAGGCGGUUCCAGUUCAACAAAAAGAUGACGGACAAGCACAAAGGUCAAAUGUUAUCCAAUAUCAGUUCCAGUAAUAAAUAAGGGAUAAAUGUUAUAAAUGUGGCACUUACGAGGAGGUGCCACUUCUAAAAUCCAUCACUGUUAAUUUUUGUAACUAGUAUUAAGUAAAUAACUUUUUUACUGUCGUUAAGUUAUGAUGUUAGUAAAUAAAUUGGCCAAUGAGCUAUA